AUGGCAUCGACCCUCGCAACCACCCUUGCCCACGAUGCAGCCAUCACCAGCGUGGCUUAUGCCACCACCAGCCUUCUCUACCGGCUGUCUCACCGAUACCUCAAGUCCACCGUUGUCCACUGGGACAAUGUGAAGCCCGGCGUGCAGAACCGGAUGGCAUGCGAGAUUGCACUCCUCCCCACCCGGGCCAUCCUGUUCCUCCUCUGCGCCCCGGCAAUCAUGAGCGCCUUCGCCGCUCCGGAAAUCUGGACGCACUUGGACACAUACCGCAUGAUCCUCGCCUCGGCCAUCAUGGGCGGCAGCUACAUGUUCGACCUCACCAUCGAGCGCAACGACACGCUCUCGCUCAUCCACCACUUCAUGGGCCCGGCGCUGCUCCUCUGGGUGCGCUGCUCGUACUCGGCCUUCAACUCGUCCGACGCGCUCAUGUGCCGCAUGCUCGUCUCCUUCGUCUUCUUCGGCGCCGGCGUCGGCGGCUCCGUCACCACCGUCAUGCUCGUCCUCAUGAAGCUGUUCAAGCGCCAGAUCUCGCCCGCCGUCCUGUACCGCGCCGUCGUCGCCCUGUCGUGGGUGCUCACGCUCAACACGUGGCUGUCCACCAUGUACGGCUGCACCUACCUGCUGUGGGCCUUCGAGGACCUGCACAGCCACUGGGGCGACUUCGCCGGCCUCGUCCCCCUGGCCCUGUGCGGCUUUGAGUUCUGGCUCCAGUGGCGCUGGGCCCUGCGCUUCCAGGGCAUCUCCGAGGGCCUCGGCGCUGCUGCUGGCAUCGCUCCCGUUGCUGCCGUCCCUGCUGCUGGUGCUGAGGAGAAGCAGAAGAAGAAGAUGUUGGUUCUGUCGUCGUUUGAGAACAUGAGCGCGGAGAAGAUUAGCGCAAACACCAUGGCGCUGUCGUGGGCCGUCGGCUACUCGGGUGUGUGCAUGAAGGUUUUGGAGAAGCUCACCAUCCGUCUGAUGAUGUGA